UAUUGUCCAUAGUAGGUAGUGUAUUAGCAGUAUGUAUAAGAUUCUUUUUUUUCAUUAGAAGAAUGUCAGUUUAGUUUUUUAAUCCUCAUAGGCCUAAUCUUAGUUCAUCCUUGUUUUGUCUAUAAAUGUGGACAAUGAAUUCAUUCGACCCAGAUCAUGCUAUGGCUAUACUCCUACAGGCAAAGUUCAAUGAAGAAGCAAAAAAGCAACGGAAAAAAUGAUAAGGAGAACCUGCCAAUGCCGGUGCAAAAGCCAAUGGUGAAAACCUCACUGGUGGACCCAGAAUGGGAGACUUUGGACCCCUGUCCAGACAUCCAUGGGCUGUUUGUGACAUUCAAUAAGCGUUUCUUCUGGGGCCAGCUGGUGGGGGUGGAGGUGAAGUGGAGUCCUCAGAUGACCUCGUGUGCUGGUGUCUGCGUGUAUGAGGGCCGUAAUGGAUUGUGCUCUGUGAGGUUGAGUGCGCCACUGCUGAAGCUGAGACCUCGCAGUGACCUCGUGGAAACUCUUCUGCAUGAGAUGAUCCACGCCUUUCUGUUUGUCACCCACAACAACCGAGACAGGGACGGCCACGGACCCGAGUUUCAUAAGCACAUGUACCGGAUUAACAAGGAGGCUGGCACCAACAUCACUGUGUACCAUUCGUUCCACGCGGAGGUAAAGCUGUACCAGCAGCAUUGGUGGAGGUGUAACGGGCCGUGCCAGCUCCGGCCACCGUUCUUUGGAAUGGUGAAGCGCUCUAGGAACCGUGCACCAGGCCCGUACGAUAUGUGGUGGCGUGAUCACCAGGCAGCCUGUAAAGGCACUUUUAUCAAGGUUAGAGAGCCUGAAGGAUAUGGAAACAAGAGCAAACUGAAGGAAACUAAAGGAUCUAAACCUAAAGAGGCAAAGGACAUACGAAAUUUCUUUAAGAAGCCAGAGUCUGCCAAAGGACCUGUUUCAGCUACAGUUACCAGUAACCAAGUAGGAGGCAACAUUUUCGGGUUCAACAACAAGAGCCCUCCAACAGCGAAUGUGAAGCCAACAGGUGGGAAUCUUGUCAAUCGUGUCACAGGGUUUGGAGAUUUGGCAAGAGUUGGAGGCUUUCCAGGGAAUAAAGACAAGUCUCCAAGAUUUUCUGGAAGAGGAAAUGUGGUAGGAAGAGGCACAGUUGAAGGUAGAGCAGGAGGAAGAUCUCCUGGUUUCGGCAGAGGAGGCACCGGAAGAGGUGGGAUGUUGGCGAACAAAGGAGGCGGCACUUUGGUUGUAACUGGAUCUCAAGUAAAAAACAAACCUGUCGAUAAACCAGAGAGUCCAAAUACAAAAUUGAGAAUAGACACAUUCAAGGUAUUUUCCGGAUCAGGGUUUACUUUGGGCAGUUCUGGCAAGAAUGAUCGGUCAAGGAGUCGCUUGUUGAGUCUUGGGAGUGAACCGGAAAAAAAAGAGACUAAAGAAAAAUGAGAUGACCAAAAGAACCCCUCUCAAAGUGGAGGAACGCCGUUGAAGAAGAAUGAAGAUGAUGAUGGACUGUGCAAGUGUUCAGUGUGUAACAAAAGCAUGCCACGUGAAGAAGUCGAGGUGCAUCUGGAGAGUUGCCCAGGGUUGACAAAUGUUUUCAACAACAGUUUUACUGCAGACAACACAGAGGACAACGAGAUUAGUGCGAUAAAUCAGAAAUACAAAAUCACUUCUUGCCCUGUUUGUUCCAAGGAAGUUGAUGGAGAUAUCAAUGCUCACAUUGACGAGUGCUUGAACACUUCUGGGAUCCUUAACAUGCUCGAAGAGACCCCAUUUGAAAUAAUUGAUUGUGAUUCGCCAAUAGAAAUCCCUGAUUCACCUAUAAACAUUUCUGACUCUCCUAUUCGUGUUUACGGUAAUGAUGUUCCUAAGCCUAAAGUUGAGAAUAGUGAUGAUAUAGAAGUGAUUGAGCCUGAGGCCAGAGCGGCUUGUCCACUUUGUGGGAUGCGAUUUGGUGUAUCGAGGAUAAACGAACAUGUAAAUCAGUGCCUUGAUUCCGAUUAGUGAUAAACUGUUUUGUUGCAUUGUGACUUUCAAUGUACGUUUAUUUAAUAAUGAUAUCACUUAUUUGAAAAUUAAUUUUCUGCUAUUCCUUUAUUACAUAUCAAAUAAAUUAUAUUUUAUUCGCAAAAUGGUUUUAAAAAUGGAAUGCUUUCUUUCAAUAUUUCAAUAGGUAUAUGGAAAUUCCUCUGAAUGUAUUUAUUCAUUUCUUAUACACUAAUGUGUUUUAAACAAUGUUACCAGACUGUUAUUAUUUUAUUGUAAUUUUGUGAUACUUUUAUACUAUAAAACCGUUUUUACUGAGA